UUGUAGAGUCAGGGACACGCAGAGAGAAAGAGAAGAAGAGUACGCGUGAAGUAUAAAAGCAACAUUCGUAGUUGUAUUGUAUCUUCUUCUUUCUAACGCGGCAUUGCCUCGCCACUUUCCUUAGCGUUUACCAAUUACCCCACUCGCUUUCUCCCUUCCUCUCUUCCAUAUCCAAUAUUCAUCUCUCAUCUCAUUUUUCCCUUUCUCUAUACCUAAUCACAAUCACAAUCGUGAUCUCGAUUUCCCCUCAGACCCCCCGAAUCUAUACGAUUUGAUCCUUUACGUGUAUAGACGAUGCUUCGUUUGUGUUACAGGCCGCUGGAGCGUUGCUUUGGAUGGCGAGGAUCCGGCGGCGAUGGCCUUUUGUGGCAUUCCGACUUGAAGCCUCAUGCCUCUGGCCACUUCUCCAUCGCCGUUGCUCAGGCCAAUAACAGUCUCGAAGAUCAGGGCCAAGUCUUCACGUCUCCCUCCGCCACCUAUAUCGGCGUCUAUGAUGGCCAUGGCGGACCCGAGGCUUCCAGAUUCGUCAACAAACGCCUCUUCCCUCAUUUGCAGAAGUUUGCUUCUGAACAAGGAGGAUUGUCCGUGGAUGUGAUCAAAAAGGCGUUUAAGGCCACUGAAGACGAGUUUUUGCAUUUGGUGAAGCGAACGUUGCCUAUAAGUCCCCAAAUUGCUUCUGUAGGAUCAUGCUGUCUUCUCGGUGCAAUUUCUGAUAAUAUACUGUAUGUUGCAAACCUUGGAGACUCUAGAGCUGUUCUUGGCCGCCGAGAUUCAGAGGGCAAAAAAUGCCCAGUGGUGGCAGAGCGGCUAUCAACGGAUCAUAAUGUGGCUGUUGAGGAGGUGAGGAGGGAGGUGGAAGCCCUCCAUCCUGAUGAUUCACACAUUGUGGUUUAUAGCCGUGGAGUUUGGAGGAUUAAAGGCAUUAUACAGGUGUCAAGAUCAAUUGGUGAUGUGUAUCUUAAGAGACCUGACUUUUAUAGAGACCCAGUUUUUCAGCAAUUUGGAAACCCAGUUCCUUUGAAGCGUCCAGUAAUGACAGCUGAACCAUCAAUCCUUAUUAGGGAGCUCGAGCCGGAAGAUUUAUUCUUGAUAUUUGCAUCAGAUGGGCUUUGGGAACAAUUAAGUGAUCAAGCAGCAGUUGAGAUUGUCUUUAAGCAUCCAAGAGCUGGAAUCGCCAAGAGAUUGGUGAGAGCUGCUCUGCAGGAAGCUGCAAAGAAGAGAGAGAUGAGAUAUGAUGAUAUAAAGAAACUCGAGAAGGGAAUAAGAAGACAUUUUCAUGACGAUAUCACUGUUAUCGUUAUAUAUCUUGAUCACCAGAAAGGUACCCCUUAUGAUAGAACUAAACCGAAUGCUGUUGGCUGCACUAGUGCCCCCGUGGAUAUUUUCUCCCUCAAUGCUGAUGAAUCAGAACAGAGCAUGCUCGCUUCCGUUGCUUAAGGAGCAAAGUUCAAUAUAAAUUAAAUACGAAGGUGAAUAUUGUUGGUGGAUGGGAUUCACGAAAAGAAGGGUUCAAAUCAAGCUACUCCAUAGAUAGUAACUGAAGGUUUUCUACAGGUUUUGCUAUUGCAGACAGCACAUGUAUAGUUUCGAAGCCCCGUUUCUGGUUACAGAUAUCUCAAUUUUGUUCUUUUUUAAAAUAGAGAAUAAAGUCUGUAUUGAUUAGUCAGUCUCAGUCAUGAUAUCAUUCUCAUUCCAGAAGAAA